AUGAUUUGGUCACAUGUCAGCCCCCUAGCCAAUUAUUGCAGGAGCCAGUCACAAGUCCAGCCCUCCUCUCCUGGGGAAGGAGAUGGAUGUAAAUUUGUUCUAGUUAGUUCUGUCACAUGUGCUCCAGUCAUAGCAAGGUCUACAUCCAUACAGGAGCCUACAUCCAUACAGGGGUCUACAUCCAUACAGGGGUCUACAUCCAUACAGGGGUCUACAUCCAUACAGGAGCCUACAUCCAUACAGGGGUCUACAUCCAUACAGGGGUCUACAUCCAUACAGGAGGCUACAUCUAUACAGGGGUCUACAUCCAUACAGGGGUCUACAUCCACACAGGAGCCUACAUCCAUACAGGGGUCUACGUCCAUACAGGGGUCUACAUCCAUACAGGGGUCUACAUCCAUACAGGGGUCUACAUCCAUACAGGAGUCUACAUCCAUACAGGAGCCUACAUCCAUACAGGGGUCUACAUCCAUACAGGGGUCUACAUCCAUACAGGAGUCCACAUCCAUACAGGGGUCUACAUCCAUACAGGGGUCUACAUCCAUACAGGAGCCUACAUCCAUGCAGGAGCCUACAUCCAUACAGGGGUCUACAUCCAUACAGGGGUCUACAUCCAUACAGGAGCCUACAUCCAUACAGGAGUCCACAUCCAUACAGGAGCCCACAUCCAUACAGGAGGCUACAUCCAUACAGGAGUCUACAUCCAUACAGGAGCCUACAUCCAUACAGGGAUCUACAUCCAUACAGGAGUCUACAUCCAUACAGGAGCCUACAUCCAUACAGGAAUCUACAUCCAUACAGGGGUCUACAUCCAUACAGGAGGCUACAUCCAUACAGGAGUCCACAUCCAUACAGGAGCCCACAUCCAUACAGGAGGCCACAUCCAUACAGGAGGCUACAUCCAUACAGGAGGCUACAUCCAUACAGGAGUGUCAGGAUCCGGGCUAG